AGCAAAAAUUAUAACACAAACGAUUAAAAAUAUUUGUUGUAUGUGUAAAGUUAUGAAUUUGUCCGACUUUUAUAUUCAUACAGUUUUGAUAUUCUACCACUGUCUGUUAAACCUUGGCAACACCGUAAAUUUUUUGUCAGUUGUUUUUCGUUUUGUUUGUGGGAUAAAAUUCAACAAAAUGCAACCACAAAUCCUAGUUCUGAGGGAGGGCACGGACCAGUCCCAGGGCAAGCCGCAGCUGAUCUCCAACAUCAACGCCUGCCAGCUGGUCGUAGAUGCGGUGCGCACGACCCUCGGCCCUCGUGGCAUGGACAAGCUGAUUGUGGACCAUGCUGGCAAAGCUGUCAUUUCCAACGAUGGAGCCACAAUCAUGAAGCUCAUGGAUAUUGUCCAUCCUGCUGCUAAAACACUGGUGGACAUCGCUAAAUCACAAGAUGCUGAGGUGGGAGAUGGUACCACUUCAGUGGUCAUACUGGCUGGUGAGAUCCUCAAGAGGCUUAAACCGUUUGUGGAGGAAGGUGUGCACCCGAGGAUCAUAGUGCGCGCGGUGCGCACGGCCGCCAAGCUCACCGUGGACAAGAUCAACGAGCUGGCCAUCAAGGUUGUUGUCAAAUCGCCUGAGGAACAGAGAGAGCUGCUGCGCAAGUGCGCGGUGACGGCGAUGUCGUCAAAGCUGAUCCACCAGCAGAAGGACCACUUCUCCAAGAUGGUGGUGGACGCGGUGUUGUCGCUCGACGCGCCGCUACUGCCGCUCGACAUGAUCGGAAUUAAGAAAGUGUCAGGAGGUGCGUUGGAGGACUCGUUCCUGGUCGCCGGCGUGGCUUUCCAGAAGACCUUCUCGUACGCUGGCUUCGAGAUGCAGCCGAAGAGCUACGACAACUGCAAGAUCGCGCUCCUCAACAUCGAACUGGAACUGAAGGCGGAGAGGGACAAUGCCGAGGUGCGCGUAGACAAUGUCAAAGAGUACCAGAAGGUGGUGGACGCGGAGUGGCAGAUCCUGUACGAGAAGCUGUCCGCGCUGCACGCCAGCGGCGCCAACGUGGUGCUCAGCAUGCUGCCCAUCGGGGACGUCGCCACGCAGUACUUCGCCGACAGGGACAUGUUCUGCGCGGGGCGCGUGCCGCAGGAGGACCUGCGGCGCACGCAGCGCGCGUGCGGCGGCGCGGUGCUGAGCUCGGUGCGCGACCUGCAGCCCGCCGCGCUCGGCUCGUGCGCGCGCUUCACCGAGCGACAGGUCGGCGCCGACAGAUACAACCUCUUCACCGGUUGUCCCGGCGCCAAGACCUGCACGCUGAUCCUGCGCGGCGGCGCCGAGCAGUUCCUCGAGGAGACGGAGCGCUCCCUGCACGACGCCAUCAUGAUCGUGCGGCGCACCAUCCGCAACGACGCCGUGGUGGCGGGCGGCGGCGCCAUCGACAUGGAGUUGUCGCGCCACCUGCGCGAGCACGCGCGCGGCGUGGCCGGCAAGGAGCAGCUGCUGCUGGGCGCCGUGGCGCGCGCGCUCGAGGCCAUCCCGCGCCAGCUCGCCGACAACGCCGGCCUCGACGCCACCGGCCUGCUCAACAAGCUGCGCCAGCGUCACCACCAGGGCGGCAUCUGGUACGGCAUCGACAUACAGAAGGAGGACAUCGCCGACAACUACGAGAGCUGCGUCUGGGAGCCCGCUGUUGUCAAGACCAACGCCAUCACUGCCGCGUGCGAGGCCGCUGCACAGAUCCUGUCAAUAGACGAGACGAUAAAGAACGUGAAGGGCGGCGAGGAGGCGCCGCAGAUGGGCCGCGGGAUGGGCCGCCCGCGCAUGGGAUGAACCACACCAUAACUGUUAAUUUAAUUUAAUACACGUAGCUUUAAGAUGUUAUUCGGUAGCCGACCGCAGACAGCACAUAAUAUAUACUGCACAGUGCCUUAAUUUUGUCUAAUAAUUGUAAUCAUAUGUCAUCAUAUGAAGUCCGUAGACGUUGUUUAGGCAUUAAAAAAAUUGCGUCUAUUUGUAACUGUGAGGGAUUACAUGCCCUCCUGCGGCAUCUGCGGUCGGCUACGGAAUAGCACCUUUAACAGUAUUGUUGUCACGCGACAACUCGCGACCGAGGAAUGUAAAAUAUUUAGAUGUCCCGGUCGAUGCAUUUCUCACAAAUAAAAUAUAACGCUAGAUAGGCAGUGUCAAAGUAUGGUUGCUGAAAGCUAGUGCAUCGUUGUGCAGGUAUUGGACAGUGGCAUGAACAAAUUCAUUUUAUAUGAAUGCUGUCUUAUAAAGUGGUACGUUCUGUCACUGCAUGGUUCCUGCACAGUUUGUAGCCAAAGCUUUGUGGCCGCGGACGCGAACCAAAUGAGUAAUUUGUUAUUUAUACACGCCUGUAGACGGUGCGCAGGCGGCGCCGUGAGGCGAGUGACGUACCAGUGUCUAAUAAACUAAUACACGCA